GCUCUGGGUGCCGCUCCUUUUUCUGAUAUUGUUAAUCCCAGUAGUUCUAGUGGCAGUUCGCCCACUCCAGAAAAUAAUAUAAAUCUAGAAGCGGGCGAAAGCCACGAAAAUAUAGAGGGUAGAGAGCCAGAUUGUCAAGAUAUUCACCACAAAAUCGGUGAUAAAAAAUGCGAGCAUUACCAAAAAUAUGUUUUUUCUUCAAAAGAAGGUAGUUGUAUUUGUUGCGGAUGGCAUUGUUUUGAAGAUGCCAGUUGUGAUUAUAGAUACUGUAAAGAAAAGUGUCAAUACAAAAAGGAUUGUUCCGGUAAAGUAGAAAUCCGCACCGACAUUGCUAACAUCUACAACGCCUUCACCAAGUCUAAAAGCAACUUAGACAUUAGCGACUUUACCAAUGAUACCGUUUUCACCGAAAAAUACACCAUUUUUCCAGUUAGAGAUAAUAGCCCAGACGAACAAAAAGAAUCCAUACAACAAGCCUAUUAUACUUCCUCUGGUUCGGGAGUAUUAGGGGAAGUUCAACAAGUUAGACCACUAAUUCAAGCAUUAACAAAUAACAGCAUUGCUAUUAAUAUUUUAGAAGGACAAAAGCAAAAUAACGGGCAUGAUUGCGGAGUUUACUUAAUUUUUUACAUUAAAGAAAUCUUAGAAACUCAACAGCCACAACUAAAUAGGACUUACUCGGAUGAUGAAAUUGCUACUUUUAGGCAAUUCUGA